CAUUAGCUGAAUAAAAAUAUUAGAUAUGAGAUUACGAGAUUACGAGAUACAAUAAAACAUGACAAUUUUCAACCAAAUUCCACGUGUUCUUAAGUGAUAGUAGUAGCCCACAAUGUAUUGCGGUUCCUUCAGUCGAUUGGUCAAUUUCUCAGAUGAAUGUUUAUGUUUUGUGUUUAGGAAAUUAGAAUGCAAAUGUAUUCUGACGUCAGUACCACGUACCACCCUGAUCAAGAAUCAAUUAAUGCUUUUUAUUAAUUAAUCUACCAUACUAUUUCUAUUUGAGCAACAAUCAAUGCUGGGAAUUAAGAUUAAAAAAAUGGAUAUGGUUAAAUUUUAAUGCGUUAAACAGUCUGGAGAACGAAAGCUGUUCCGCAUGUCACACAGCACAGCAUAAAACAAAAACAGGAAGCUUAAAAGGUCAUAACCUAGAUAUGUUGCAGACGACAAAUCAUAUGUUGGUGGCUGCUGUGGACUUUGGUACAACCUAUAGCGGUUAUGCAUUUUCCUUUCGCCAUGAGUUUAAAGAAACUCCUCUCAAAAUCCAUGCUAACCAAGCCUGGAAUGCUGGAGGGCGAUCACUUUUAUCCUUGAAAACCCCGACAUGUCUGUUACUAAACAAAAACAAAGAAUUUGUGGCUUUUGGUUAUGAUGCAGAAAAUAUGUUUUCUGACAUAGUAAUGGAAGGCGAGCAGAAUAACUACUUCUACUUCCACAGAUUCAAAAUGAAACUACAUAAUAAUAAGCAUAUCACAAAUGAAAUGGUUUUGAAUGACAUUUCGGACAAACAAGUACUAGCUUUAGAUGUAUUUUCAUUGGCAAUCAAAGCAUUAGUGACGCAUUUACUAGAUAUUCUGGAAAAAAGAGGGACUGAUGUUGAAAUGAAAGAUAUAUUGUGGGUAUUGACAGUUCCUGCUAUCUGGUCGGAUGCUGCAAAACAGUUCAUGAGGAGAAGUGCUGAAAAGGCAGGAAUUCCAGAAAGUAAUCUUAAUAUUUCGCUUGAACCCGAAGCAGCAUCUAUUUAUUCUCAGUAUCUUCCUACAAAGAAACUACUUGGAGCUGAACAACAAGGAUUUACCAUGACUGAGCCUGGAACAAAAUAUAUGGUUGUUGAUCUUGGUGGUGGUACCGCAGAUAUAACUGUACACAAGAAGCUAUCAAACGGAGGACUAGAAGAAUUGAAACAUGCCACUGGUAAUGACUGUGGAGGAACGUCCGUGGAUGGUAAUUUCUUUCAAAUUCUUACCCAAAUUGUCGGUGGUCCUUUAAUUAAGAUUUUUCAAGAAGAAGAUCCAGAAGGUUAUUUAGAUCUCUUCCGAGAGUUUGAGGUGGUUAAAAGAACAAUACACCCAGGCAAAACAGGGAAGAUCAACUUAUCAAUUCCUUAUGCGUCUCUUAAUGAAAAGUGUAAAACUCACUUAGGUGAAGCGCUGCCCGAUGUCUUAUCCUUGUCUCCAUUCAAAGAUAAAAUAUCUUUUCGCGGCGAUAAAAUGAGGAUUGAUACUGAACUGAUGAAGAACAUUUUCAAGCCAACAAUUGAUAGCAUUAUAUCGCUUAUACAAUCAGUUUUUGACAGAGAUGCCUUGAUAGAGGUAUCGCAGAUUCUUCUUGUUGGUGGGUUUUCCGAAUGCUUACUUAUUCAAGACGCCAUAAAAAUGAAGUUUCCAAAUAAAAGGGUUAUAAUACCAGAAGAGGCAGGGUUAUCAGUUCUUAAAGGAGCGGUGUUAUUCGGACAUAGACCAUUUUAUAUCGAAUCACGGAAAAUGAAGUACACUUAUGGUAUUGAAGUGCAGCAACAAUUUGAUCCAUCCCAACAUGAUAGUAAACAUCUUGUUUUGAUAGACGGAAAAGAAUAUUGUGAUAAAAUAUUUGAUAAACUAGUAAAAAUAAAUGAAACUGUUCCUGUAGGUUCGACAAUUAACAGGUCAUACAGCGCUACAGGAACAACAACCGAAACGGACGAACUUUCAUUUUUUAUAUCAACAGAUGAGGAUCCGCAAUAUACCGAUGAAGAUAGUUGUUUUCAUCUCGGGAAAUUGACAAUUCCCCUUUCCGAUCCAUGUGAAGGUGGAAGACCAAUAACUGCUCAGUUUCAUUUUGGGGGAACAGAAAUAGCUCUAACUGUUACAGAGGUGAAUUCUGGCAAUCAAUACGAAGCAAAUUUCAAUUUGAUUUGAAACAGUUAAAUGAUAAUGAUGUUUAAAAAAUAUUUGUAUAGAUACUAUAGAAUACUGACUACAGAAGUCUCAGAACUGUUUUACUAUUAAAAUCUGUAACAUUCUGAA